AUGGCCGCUAACAUGGGCAUGCGCGUCUUGAACGCGCCGCAUGCCGUUCCAGCCCUGCGUCGUGCCCAGCGCUGGCGCACUUGGAAGCAGACUGUUCAGGUCCACCGCCUUCGCCUGGCUACCACAGCCAGCUGCAACGCCGCAGCCGCCCCGCGGUUUGUCUUUGACCAACCCAGCAACACCAAGUCGACCACGGGCAUUGUACCCAAGCCGACCUUGGCCGACCGUGCUCAGGAAUACUGGCGCCGGAGAAAAGACCCGGAACUCGAGGAAGCGGCUCGCCGCCUCGACCUGCGAGUCCCUCUCACCAAUGUUGCCACCUUGAGUGACCAGCACUUCUUGGCCUACAACGGCCACUUGCGCCUGCGCAACAUGGCCUUCAACUAUCACAUCUUUGAUGAUGUCUUUGGCAAGGUCUUUGUCCCAAAGAAGAACUUUGCCGUCUCCUGGGCUGAUACUUACACAUAUCGCGGGAACCUAGUUGCGCCCAACGAUACACUGGUGGCACCGGCCUUUCACUUUGAGCCCGAAGCCAACGUGCAGUACACGGUUGCCCUCUUGGAUGCUGACGGCCGUCUUGACGGGUCCGAGGGACAGGUUGCGCACGCGCUGACCUGCAACUUGACGGGGCCCACCGCCUCUGGCGAUGAGGUUCUGCCCUACAUGCCACUGACCCCAUUCCAGGGCUCGGGAUACCACCGCGUGGUUGCCGUUCUCCUGCAGCAGUCAGGUGCUCUGGAUGCGGCCGCUCUCCGCGAUAGCUUGCCCGCAGUCUCGUCGCAGAACCCCUUGAGCAACCGCUACAUGAAGCUUCAGGAUUGGGCCCGCCAGCAUAACCUGCAGCCCGUGGCAUUUUCCUUCUCGCAGGCUCAGCACGAUGCCAGUGUGACCAGCACGCUGGCAUCCGCUGGCUUUCACCAAGAACCCAGCUUUGCAUAG